UCAAAUAAAGGCAAAGGAAAAAAACGGCAUAAACCCAAGGUUUCAGUGUGACGUUGCGCAGUUUGUGGAUGUGCCUGGUAGUGGAUUAUCUGAAAUCAGCCCAUGUGAGGGGGGGCGGGCGGGCACUUUGAGGUAACGUACUAAAACUCAUCCAGAGUUUGAGCACGAACACUCGGAAAGGCAGCGAGCACAGAGCACGGAACUCCGGGGGUCGGCGACUGGGCUCUAGCUGAGCCUCCCCAAAACAAGCAACCCAAACAAAGAAGAGUGGUCGUUGGUGAGGCGGCGCCGUGAGGUCGGCGGUCGGACUUGUGCCAGCCACCUGCUCUCUGAGGAGCGCUUUGAACCCGAGGCAGUUGGAGCAGGACAUUUCGUGCAGUUUAUGCAGUGAUCUGAGGAGAUGGGUGCCAAAAUGUCAAAUUUAUCAUCAUCGUCACAACCUUAGCCAUCAAGAUGGAGGCAGAGCACCCGGAGACGACCGAAAGCAGCCCUCUAACCUGCACCCCUGAUACUCAACUGCCACGAAUCAAUGGACUGCUGAUUCAGGGAAACAAUGGCAGCCAAACUGGGCUGGACAAGGAGCUUGGGAGAGCCAAAGGCAGUGAUACAGCUGGACAAGUGUCCAAUGGCUACUCUUCGGCUCCACAGACUCCAGCAGAGGGCACAACCACAGCCUGUCCACGAACCUUAGUGGUUCAUCAGUUGACCCCCAGCAUCCACAGGGAGACCUGGAGCAAGAAAAUGGAUUUCCUUCUAUCUGUGAUUGGCUAUGCUGUGGAUCUUGGCAAUGUGUGGCGCUUUCCCUAUAUAUGUUACCAGAAUGGAGGAGGCGCCUUUCUGCUGCCCUACACAUUGAUGGCACUCUUUGGUGGAGUCCCCUUGUUCUAUAUGGAGCUUGCUCUGGGCCAGUACCAUCGCAGUGGCUGCAUCUCCAUCUGGAAGAACAUCUGCCCUAUAUUUAAAGGAAUCGGCUUUGCCAUCUGCAUCAUUGCUCUCUACGUUGCCUUCUACUACAACACCAUCAUGGCGUGGGCUCUUUACUACUUCUUGUCGUCCUUUAGCUCCCAGCUGCCAUGGGUCAGUUGCAACAACCCAUGGAACACACUCAACUGCACCAACUACUUCUUGAGCCCAGGCAACAUGAACUGGACGAAUCACUCUACAUCCCCUGCAGAGGAGUUCUAUACGAGACAUGUGCUGCAGGUGCAUCGUUCACAGGGACUUCACGACCUGGGAGCUAUCAGUUGGCAGCUGGCUCUGUGUCUGCUCUUCAUCUUCACGAUUGUCUAUUUCAGCAUCUGGAAAGGUGUCAAGACCUCAGGCAAGGUAGUCUGGGUCACAGCUACCUUUCCAUAUGUGGUGUUGUUUGUGCUGCUUAUUCGAGGAGCAACCCUUAAAGGCGCCUGGAGAGGAGUGGUCUUCUACCUGAAACCUGACUGGAGCCGGCUGAUGGACACUACAGUGUGGAUUGACGCUGCGGCUCAGAUCUUUUUCUCCCUCGGGCCGGGGUUCGGUGUCCUGCUAGCCUUUGCCAGCUACAAUCCUUUCCACAAUAACUGCUACAAGGAUGCCUUGGUGACCAGCUCGGUUAACUGCCUGACCAGCUUCAUGUCUGGUUUUGUCAUCUUUACUGUGCUUGGAUAUAUGGCAGAAAUGAGGCAGCGUGAGGUGGCUGAUGUGGCCAAAGACACAGGACCCAGUUUACUCUUCAUCACCUAUGCAGAAGUCAUCGCCAACAUGCCUGCCUCCACAUUUUUUGCGAUCAUCUUCUUCCUCAUGAUAAUCACGCUGGGACUUGACAGCACUUUUGCAGGGUUGGAAGGUGUCAUCACAGCAGUACUGGAUGAGUUUCCGGACGUCUUAGGCAAGCGCAGGGAAUGGUUUGUCCUGGGCCUUAUCACAGUGUGCUUUCUGGGAGCCCUCAGCACACUUACUUAUGGAGGUGCUUAUGUGGUCAAACUUUUUGAAGAAUAUGCCACAGGUGCAGCUGUCAUCACUGUUGUCUUCCUUGAAGUCAUCGCAGUUUCUUGGUUUUAUGGGAUGCCUCGCUUUUGCCGAGACAUUGAAGCAAUGCUGGGCUUCAGCCCUGGCUGGUAUUGGAAAAUCUGUUGGGUAGCAAUCAGUCCUAUCUUUCUGUUGUUCAUUAUUGUCAGUUUUGUGAUCUAUCCUCCAAAUGUCAAGCUGUUUGAUUAUGACUACCCUCCUUGGACCACAGUACUCGGCUACUGUAUUGGAGUUUCCUCAUUCAUCUGCGUUCCUGCAUAUAUGUUGUAUAUCAUUGCUGUUACGCCGGGCACAUUAAAACAGCGUCUACUAAAGAGCAUAACUCCACAGCCUGGAGCCCAGGCCCAACACUGUGACAUCAUCAUCACCAAUGCAGUGUAAAGUGGGAGCCACGAUGUGCAUAAAUACAUGAUUACAUUUACAGCACAGCCAAAGAGGGUCAAACUCAAGGCAAAUCCAAACCCAGCACUACGAGUACAUGCUGGACUGCGACCCUCACUUGGAAACUUGCCGCUGCUCCUGCCAUCAGAGGGGGAAAAGGGACAGAGAGGAGUGGAGGACAGCUGCAGAAUAGGCUCACUUUACUUUUUGUUUUUGAGCCCAUGAGUAUUUCUGGACAAUGGGCAGUUUACUUGGCCACCUGGCAUGCAAGUUGUUUGGGUAUUUUCUCUCAUCAAGUCCAUGUAGUACAGAAUGCUUAUCUGUAGGUAUGUGUUUAAAAAGUAUAAUGAAAUGUGAGCAUUGCUUUAUCUAUUUAAGUAUUUCCAAACAGCAACAUUAGUGAUGUGUUUUACAUAGCUACAGUAUAUAACAUCCACUUGUUGUCAGAAUGAAUGACUAUAGCCUGAACAGGAAAGUAAUUCUGAUUUUUAUAUGUAUAUAUCCACACGUUUUAAACAAAUUAAUGCUCAGCUAAACAAAUGUCUCUAAAUUUGUCUCAUUCAUAUCUUGUGCACUGUACUUGAGACAAUACCCUAUCCAGAAAAAAGUAAGCAUGGCAUUUUAUGAAUUUUUUCUUUUUGUUUUCAUGGAACCUUUUGUAGAUAUAGUUUUGUUUCCAUCUAUCUGCCUGUAAUUUACAUAGGAAAAUGAGUAAACAGCUGCAGGCCUCAUGUACAUGUGUUUGUAUUUGCCACACACAUAUGUCCUCUUUAUGUGGUCAACCAAAGAAAUGUUGACGUGCAAUUGAUCUCCACGUUGGAAGAUGAGAAAUUUACUUCCCUCGACUGUCACGUUUAUUACCAAUAAACCAUUCAGUUAUUUCUGAUCUAGGAUUCAGAGUUUAACUUAGAGUAAAGUAAUAGUAUUACUUAAAUUUCAGUCCACCUUUAGCUAAAUGAACCACAUGUUACAGUUCCAACUGCAAGCAAACAUGUCGAUUGCUAAAUCCCUCUAAACAGCUGAAUGUUAAUUGUGUAGUAUAUCUUGAUAUGCACAAGCCACCGUUUUGGAUACUGGUAAAACUAAAAGCAGUUCUGCAUUUGGUUACUGUGUUCUAGUCAACAAAUUUAGCAAAUCAUUUCGCUAGCUGCAUGAAUUUAUGUUGGAACCAUUGCUCUCUCCAUUCAACCUUAAAAUGCAUACGUUACUAGUGUAUCAAAACAUACAAGUAUAAUGUUAGGAACAGUAAUGCUCACGGAAAGCUAGUAUUGUACAGCAGUAGCUGCUUGAUGCUCUUUACCUGUACAAUUCCUAUCACGACUAUUUUCUAAAGCUGCCACUUUUGAUAUGUCUGGUGCCAGCAAUGAGGCCCUCACUUUGAUAUACUGUUAUCAAAGUAAAAUUAUUCUUCCUGGAAUGUAUUACUAUUUACAUUGAGGAUGUAAUUGUCCUUCAUAUCAGGAGUACUUCCAUCGAUACAGACAUAAAGUGAGUAUUACUGAAUAAUGGUAUUAACUGAAAAAUAUGAUGCUGAAAGUUAAGCAGACUUUGACAAUCUUUUCAUCUUCCAUCCUCUCACACCGAGGUGUGAUCAAAAUUUACUUUCAGUACAGCCACUUGUGCACCUAGUAAACAGUAACGAGACAAACUUAUCUCAAUCUGUGCGUUUCCCUUUUUAUGUGCCUUAUGUAAGCUUUGCAAUGACAUGAUCUCUCAUCGUCUAAAAGACUCAAAAAACCUUCAAUUCCUUUAUCUGCCUACUUCAUCACCUAUUAAAAGACCAACGAAACAUCAGGAUAGUGUUCCCUUGGGUUUGCUCAAUUCAAUGAAGACCUGCUGCUCCUGCUCUUUUCAUUUAAAUCUAAAUUCAUAUCUAGCCACAAACCAUCCUUGGCCCACAAAAAGCUAGAUUUACUGUUGGUGCUGAAAUCAGAAAUUUACUAUGUGUUACUUUACCUUGGUAAGACCUUGAAUGAUAUGCAAUUUAUUUAAAUCAAUUGUUUUUAAACAAAUAAAAUCUGUCUUCUUUUUACAAGGUAGGAGACAACCACAGAAAGUUCAACAGAAAUAGCUAAUGUCUUCUACUUCCCAGCUUUCUGCACUAAAUGACAUUUUAUUCUUGCCCUUUGUGGAGGGGUAGAAAACAAUCAAAUGUGUGUUAAUGCACAUACACAAAGGCUUUGUCUGGUUCAGGUAGAUAAAAUCUGUAUAUAUAAACCUGCUGCUGGCUUAGAGAUGAGUUUAGCUUAAAACAAAUUAAUCAACACACUUGUAGAACCAAUAUAAAAAAUUACAUUUUACCUGUUCACUGUACAUUAAAAGGUCUAACCUUUAAUACUAUUUACCAGAUGUAAAAAUAUGCAUUACAGGAAAAAAUCUAAGAUGGUAACUGUUCUCAUUUUAUGGCAACAAAGUGCUUCUACAAUUAUUAACUUACUAUUAAAAAAUGCAAAGCAAGGAGAAGUCUAUUAAGGAUCUCAUCACAUAAUGCAGUGGUGUUAAUAUUAACAAAAUCCAUUCCAAAAACAAAAAUACAAAGAAACCCACAACCUCUUCAAAAACUUUUAAGUCCACUAUCUAAUAUGUUAUUGUACUGACAAAUAACAGCAAUAAGAUCACAGACAACAGAUGUAUAGAAUUCCUGUGCAUUAGUGACUAACCAAACCAAUGUCAGCAAUGUGUUAUUAUAACAAAGAACAUAACUAAGUGUUGAAUGUGUGAAUCUGCAUAUACAUAUGUGUGUGUGUGUGUGGUAAUGUACUGUAUGUAAAUGAUGCUGUUACAGCAAAGAAUGAGUUCUAGUAUCCCAACGGAAAAUGCCAGUCUUAAAAUAUGUGUACAGUAUAAGGAUCAUGUGUUUCUUCUUUAUAUAUGAGUCUGUUAUGCAUAAAGACCUGUCUGUAUUUAUCAACAAGUUCUCAUUUGUUAUCAGUGAUGUGUGAAAAUGUUCAAAGCAUCUGUCCUAGUCUUUUGUGAAAAUUUCAACUGUAUCUCAUUAUCGAAACAAAUAAAAAUGAUCUAUGUUGAA